GCAUGUCGAUGAUGGCGGACCUCGAUGGCGGCGCUGAGCUCUGCUCCGUCUCCGUGGUCUCCUGCCUGCUGCUGGCUUGCGGCUACGUGGGCAGCCUGUACGUGUGGAGGAGCCAGUUGCCCAGGGAUCAUCCGACUGUGAUUAAACGGCGGUUCACCAGCGUCCUGAUCGUCUCGAUGCUAUCUCCAUUGUGGGUCUGGACAUGGCGGCAAUACACAGGUUUCAAGACAGGUCCAUCGCUGCUGAUGCUAAUGGGGGUCCAUCUGGAGGGGCUCCUUGCUGCUGCCUGCCUUCCACUCUUACUGACCAUGGUGCUGUUCUUUGGGCCAUUGAUACAGCUGGUCAUGGACUAUCCAUGGGAUUUCCUCGAAGGGAUGAAGAUGACUCUAGAUCCACAGUUUUGGGUGCAGUGCGUGGCAGACAUGCGUUGGAUGAGGAAUCAGGUGGUGGCUCCCCUGACGGAAGAGCUGGUGUUCCGGGCGUGUAUGCUGCCAAUGCUGGUCCCUUGCACUGGCCUUAGCCGUGCCAUUGUCACCUGCCCGCUUUUCUUUGGAGUUGCUCAUUUUCACCACGUGAUCGAGCUCCUGAAGUUCAAGCAAGGAACCGUCGCAGGAAUCUUCCUCUCAGCAGCUUUCCAGUUUUCUUACACUGCAGUGUUUGGAGCAUAUACCGCAUUUAUUUUCAUCAGAACAGGUCAUCUGAUUGGUCCAGUGCUGUGCCACUCAUUUUGCAACUACAUGGGAUUCCCAGCGAUUGGUGCUGCCCUCGAGCACCCUCAGAAACUCACCAUCUUUUUCUUCUAUGUACUGGGAGUCAUCCUCUUCUUGCUGUUGCUGUUCCCCAUGACGGACCCCUCCUUCUAUGGGAGCCUUGCCAUUUGCCACUUGACCAAGCCAGACACCAGCACUUCGAUCUGCACUUGACCCCAGCUGCGGACUUGUCUGUUGCAUCUUUUUCCUCUCUCGCUCUCUCUCUUUCUAUUCUCUCUUGCUCUCUAACAUUCAGGGAACUCUCCGUCCAGGAGCUGGCAAGUGGAUUGGGAAACGUCUCAGGAAUUUGGGAGUCUUGUUUGCGAAUCCAGAAUGGAUGGAAGUAGGGAAGAGGGGAAGGAAUACCAAAAAAGACAGUACUUGAAAUGGGGUGUUUUAGAAUUUCCCUUCUCGGCUACGAGGGGAAAGAGCAGAAUUCCUCCGUUUUGGUACAUUUUAAUACCCAAUCACCCCCACCUCCCCCUUGAAACUGAUGCUUAAUGAGACAAACUGUUUAUUGAGAGGAGUUGGCUACUGCCCCCCCCACCCCCCUCACCCCCAACCUCACUCAGACCACAUUCACAUUUCAGAACUCCAGGCUUCCGACCGAUACUGUGCCCACACCAUUGUUUCAAAAUCUUGCUAGUUUACCGGUCACUUCUUGACCUAACUGUUGGAAAGAGAAGUCCCAUUGUAAUCACUUCCUGCCGUUUACUCACUGCAAGCCUAUAACUCUACAUGACUUCAGGGUGGCACGGUGGCACAGUGGUUAGCACUGCUGCCUCACAGCGCCAGGGACCUGGGUUCAAUUCCCACCUCAGGCGACUGACUGUGUGGAGUUUGCACAUUCUCCCCGUGUCUGCGUGGGUUUCCUCCGGGCGCUCCGGUUUCCUCCCACAGUCCAAAGAUGUGCGGGUCAGGUGAAUUGGCCAUGCUAAAUUGCCCGUAGUGUUAGGUAAGGGGUAUAUGUAGGGGUAUGGGUGGGUUGCGCUUCGGCGGGUCGGUGUGGACUUGUUGGGCCGAAGGGCCUGUUUCCACACUGUAAGUAAUCUAAUCAUGACCAAGUCUCCAUAAGUCAGGAUUCUCUGUUGCUCAGACCACAACUUGUGUGUGUGUGUAUAAUGUGGAACGUUACAAUUUUCUGGAAUUCUGGCCUGCUUUUUGAUGGGGUUGUGAAGUGCUUUUUGGACCUGUUUUAAAUGUUUUAUAUUGACAGCGUGGCUUGUGCUGGGUCUUUGCCUGAUAGCCACCUUAAGGAGUCUGUCUACUUGGCAGGAUGUUCUGCUCCUUGAAACCGGCCGAGUGAAGGAGGAGGAGUACUUUUCGUUCUCCGCUCUUGAUAAAGUCAGGUAGUUGGUCUGAGGGGGUGGGGAUCCCUUUCCCUAGUGAGGUUCAAAGCAAGUAUUGGGUUUGAAUUCUGAUGGACUGAGUUGAAUGGCCCUCACCCUCAGUUAUUGAAGAAUUUGGGGAUAUCAUUGAAUUCUGACCAUUUGCUGUUAUGUGGGACCCUACUUUGUUCUUUCCAUUUACAUCAGGAAUGUUCCAGCCCUUGUUUGUAUCACUGUGGCUCAUGUAGGCUUGAGCCUUUGGGUGCCU